GCAGCGGCUAAACGGUUUCCAACUGAAGGAUUGGGACCUCGCCCAAACAACACAAAUUGGUAUCACAAGGGCAACUCGAGAAAUAGUGCGAGGUGUUGUCGCCAGGAUACACAUCAAGUCACACGACAUCCCACCAACGCCAAAUACCUACUCGGACAACAAGAACCCCCCAACCCAAAAUGGAACCCCGCCUCCUCUUCCGGCGCCAACACGAAGGCCACGAAGGCCACGACUCCAUGGACACGGGCAACGGCGACAGCAGCAGCAGCACGGGCUCCAGCAGCAGUUCCAGCAGCCACUCCUCCUCCACCGGCGGGCAUUCAACCGUGUUCCAAACCAGCAUGGCCACCUCCCUCUUCUCCACCGCCUGGACGCCGGGAAACACGGGCACGUACGCGGCGACGUGCAUCUUCCUGAUCGUGCUGGCGGCGGCCUUCCGCGGCCUGCUGGCGCUCAAGUCGUGGCAGGAGCGGCGCUGGCUCGACGCCGAGCUGGCGCGCCGCUACGUCGUCGUCCACGGCAAGCCGCCCCUCGCCGACGCCCUCGCCCGCGACCCGGCCGCCAAGAGCGCGUCCGUGGUGCUGAGCGAGAACGGCGUCGAGGAGAAUGUCGUCGUGGUGGCCAAUCGUGGGGCUGCCGCGGCGGCCGCGCAUGCCAGGCCGUGGAGGUUGAGUGUGGACCCCCUGCGCGCGGUGGUUGAUACGGUGAUUGCGGGGGUUGGGUAUCUGCUCAUGCUGGCGGUCAUGACCAUGAAUGUUGGCUUUUUCCUCUCUGUUCUCGGUGGGACGUUCCUCGGGAGCCUACUCGUAGGGAGGUUUAUCUCAGUCGGGGAACAUUAACCUCUAUGCUGGGAACAGUAUCGCGCAUUGUUUUAAGGAGUUAUAAUGGUCGAAUGAGCAAGGAGUUAUGGUGACGGAUGGGAGGCUUUAUUUUUAACCCCAGUUGCGAGCCGAUAUUUUGCUCGAUGCAUUUCUAUCUCAUCCCUAUUGCUCACAUCAUGGCCGUCUCGGCGUGUGUGUUGCGGGAUUCUCUUUCAACAGCAUAGACAUAUCGUCCUUCUGUUAGUGUUGAGAUGGCGAAAAGUAUCGCUACUUUCGGUAUCUGAGCACGAACCAGCGCAGAAACUUGCUCAAACCCACGCACCCC